AUGACCGGGACCUCAAACAACCAAGACAAUGUUAUCUUCAUCACUGGUACUUCUCGAGGUAUCGGAGAGGGCAUCGCCAGACACUACCUCAAAGAAGGCUGGACCGUGGUCGCUGCUGUUCGCAGCCCCGAGGCGGCUCCCAGACUCGAAGGCAAAAUCAUCACUGCCGUUGAAGAGCUCAAGACUAAACACAACAUCACCCAUUUCGACAUUGUCGUCGCCAACUCUGGUGUCGCGGCUUCCGGAGCCUUUCUCGCCCAAGCCUCUCCCACCGAGUUUGAUCACAUCUACAAAGUCAAUACCCGUGGACCUCUUGUACUCUACCAAGCCACUAGGCCGUUGUUGAAAGACGAUGGUACUUUUGUGGUCAUCUCAAGUCUUGCUGGGUCAUUGAACAAGGAUUUCCUUUGGGAAUAUAUUGGUCUAUACGGAGCCAGCAAAGCUGCGGUCAACUAUCUCACUCGUACUGUCCACUAUGAGGAGCCGGCUCUCAAAGCAUUCACUAUCAACCCUGGUGCGGUCGACACGUAA